GGACAGCCUAAUCGUAGAAUGACCCAGUUUUCAGCCUCGGCAGAUAACGAUGGACGCUGGUCAAGAUCGCUUGUUUCUGGGAUUUGAUUUUAGCACACAACAAAUCAAGGCAGAAGCAAUAAACGACUCUCUGCAACUUGUAAAUGAAACAGCAGUCAAGUUUAACUCGGAUCUUCCAGAAUUCAAAACUCAUGAAGGGGUGCACAUCCACAAUGAUAAUGUCACAGUUACUGCCCCUGCUAUCAUGUGGGUCAAGGCAUUUGACUUGUUGCUUGAUAGAAUGAAGAAGAAUGGUUUUCCCUUUCACAAAGUGGCGUGCAUUUCAGGAGGAGGGCAGCAAACUGGUAGUGUAUACUGGAAAAAAUGUACAAACCAAAUCUUAAGAAAUCUUGAUGAGAAAAGACAACUACAUGAACAACUACAGGUAAAAUAA